CGGCCGUGCAUUACGCGAGGCCGUGCAUUACGCGAGGCUGUGCAUUACGCGAUUAGUCACGGUAUAUGAUUCGCCGUGCACCUCCAGCCUCGAUAUCGAUCCAAGGGUCCUACUCCCUCCUGCUCCUUUUUUAAGUAGCUACUGGUGGCCACCAUAGACUUCAUCCACAUGGCAAGGACCGUCCAGGGUGCCAGAAUCCAGCCGUCUGCUACCGGCAAACGGCCCAUCCCGAUUCCACGACGGUUUUGUGCGGAUCUAUACGCCGUUUACGGCGCAAUUCUUGAUGAUGAGUCCAUCAUCUUGGUGCCACAUGAGUAUGCCCAUGACCAAGAAUAUGCGGACGAUCCAGACGGCGACGACGCCGGAUGGCGACGCGAGCACUAUAACGCACACCGUUGUCAGCAAGCCACUGUGGUCUACGAGCGCCUCGGGCAAAACCACCCCAACUUGUUAUCAUUCCUGCGACGAGACCCAUGGACAGCAUUUCCCAUCCUAGCAACUCCCUCAGGGCAACCCUUACCUCAUUUCCUCCAUGAGCGCAAAGCGGCACUGUACACUGCACCUCUGGACACGCCAUCCGCCCGCAUUCUACCCGCCCAUCGGCCAAUGAUGUACGAGUGGGCUUUGAACCUCAUAUCCGCCCUUGCCUUCAUUCAUUCGCACGACAUCGUCUUCGGCCUCCUCACACAGCAGAAUUGCUGGGUGUCUACGGAGCAGCGUAUAUCGGAGGACUACUCGCGCCAUUCCGGUCGUCCCCGUCUCUUCCUUUUCGGCUUCGUGGACGCCGGGUUUGACAGAUACCCAGGGAGUUGGGUGAAUUCUCCAUAUUGCUACCAUGAUGACCGCGAAGAAGAACCCACCCAGCAAACGGACCUGUAUCUUUACGGAUGCUUGUUGUAUGAGUUCAUGGUGGGGGUUGCCCACGACACGCCUCUUCAAUGGGACAUCGGUGACAGGGUUAAGGCCCGACAGUGGCCGAGUUUGGAAACGGAGUAUAUGGGGGAUAUUGUAAGGAAGUGCUGGACGGGGGAGGUUGGGAGUGCGGAGGAGGUUAAGCUGGAAGUGGAGAUGUUUGUGAGGAUGUAUGGGGAACGAGAGUGGUAGGAAUGAGGAUAAUGAAGGUGGCAUGGUGUUGUGGGAUUCAGCACUAGGCUCCUUUAUCGCCUGGACUGAUAGCGGGCCCAUUGACGCCGUUCAAGGAAGGAAAGGAGAAUAACGAGCAACGCAAGAUCCUUCCGAAAACGCCGCCCAACCGGAGACAAUGUUGUCGCUCUGGCUCGUGACCGAGACGCGCCAGUCGUCAUCCUGAUCCUGAGGCUCGAAUCCGGCUUUGAGCUUCUCUCAGUCGGCAUCGCUAAUGCUCAGACCCCACGGUGCUGUAGCAGGCUCCUGCAUAGCGGGUACGUGAUCUGUGAUUUGUUCGAUGCGUGAGCGUACAGGUGCUGCUGUUCUGAAGGUGAUACGGACCUCAAAGUGCUGUACAUGUAGGAACAGGUUCAGCUUGGAAAUCAUUGACAGGAGUAGGUAGAAAACGGUGUAUGCAAAGUAUAGCUGCACAUCCCCGUUUCCCUAGC